AUGGAGCGGCAUAUGAGCAUAUACUUCCAUCAACAGGAGGAGGAGACAGAAAGUUCAACCACGUUCUCUCUAUCCCGAAUGUCAGACGUUUCAAAUCCCACAAGCCAGACAACGCAAUCAAUAAAUCUAAAUUCUCGUCGAAUGUCCGUGUUGCCCAAGCAGCCGACAUCAAGUCUAAACGAAUCUCUAUCCGAAAACGUUCAACGUCUCGAAAAAGAUCCUAAUGAUCCUUAUGCGCUUACUGACGUCGGGUAUAUUUAUGCAAUGAUGGGACUCACAGAUUUAGCAUUGGCGCAUAUGACACAAGCUUUAGAUAUAGAUCCGGAGAAUGUGCAUGCUUUACAGAAUCGCGGCGAUUUGUUUCAUAAUGUGGACAGGUAUAAUGAGGCGUUGAAUGAUUUUAAUAAAGUUUUGCAAGUUGAUUCCGAAAAUGCUAAAGCAUUGGCUAGUCGAGGUGCUGUUUAUAGUGUGUUGAAUCAACAUGAAAAUGCGUUGAAGGAUUUAACAAAAGCCAUAGAGAUUGAUGAUACCGAUUAUUUUGCAUUUCAUAUUCGUGGUGAAGUUUAUUAUAAACUCGAAUAUUACGACGAAGCAAUUGAUGAUUUGACAAAGGCAGUUCAUGGUGAACCAACAAACGUACAAGCAUACAAUCAAUUGGGUGACGUAUUUCGUGCUCAAAAUCAUUACGACAGUGCUUUAAAGUGUUACAACAAGUCACUAUCAUUCCAGCCAGAAAAUAUUCCGGCAUUAACAGAACGAGGGAAUGUCUACCGUCGGCUAAAACAGUACGAAAAUGCUUUAGCAGAUUUAGACUUAAUUUUAGAAAUACAACCAGAAAAUCUAUCUGCUCUUCAUCAUCGGAGCGAAGUUUUCCGACUUUUACAUCCGUUAAAUCUCAAGCCCUACGAUGUUUUCGCAUUAAGAACCCGAGGACAGAUAUAUUAUAUUAACGAUAAAUACGGAGAAGCGUUAGCUGAUUUCAAUCGUGCUAUAUCGAUUGAACCUCAUAAUGCGUUUGCACUUCGUAUACGCGGUAGGCUUUAUUAUUUACUCGAAAGAUAUGAGGAUGCGUUAAAUGACCUCAACAAAGCCCUCGAAUUGAAACCGAACAAUGGAUUCGCAUUAAGAACGAGGGGAAAAGUUUAUUAUGCCUUGAAUCGAUAUGAAGAGGCGCUGACAGAUUUAAAUGUCGCAUUGAAGAUUACGCCGAAAAAUGCUUCUGUAUUAAGAUCUCGAUCGAGAAUAUAUUACUUGACUAAUCGGCUAGAAAAAGCAUUAAUAGAUAUAGAUAAUGCUUUGUCAAUUGAGCCGGUCCACAUUACCGCAAUUUUGAAUCGUGCUGAAAUUAAUCAAUCACUUGGACGUUUUAUUAUAUUGUUAAUAGCAAAAGUGUUGGCCUUAGAGCCAGAAAAUAAACUCGCUUUACGCAACCGUGGAGAAGUUUACAGACUUAUGGGACAAUAUCAAUCCGCUUUGAGCGAUUUGAAUAAGGUUAUUGAAGUUGAUCCUUAUAACACAUUUGCACUUUCAAAUCGAGGAGAAGUAUGUCGAAUGCUCGGCCUUUACCAAGAUUCGAUAAAAGACUUGACAAAAGUCCUAGCUUUAGAACCAAAUAAUGACUUUGCACUCCGAAUUCGUGGAGCUGCAUAUCGAAUGUGUGGAAUGCAUCAAGAAGCGUUACAGGAUCUUAAUACGGCUCACGAAAUGGAUCCAAAAAAUGCUUUUGUUCUCAGAAUACGUGGAAAUAUUUACCGAGUUCAAGGAAAUUACCCUGAAGCAUUAUCUGACCUUACGAGCUCUUUACGCUAUGAGCCUGAUGAUGCUUUUGCAUUAUGCACACGUGGGCGAGUUUAUCAAUCGAUGAAUAGAUUUAACGAUGCACUUGCAGAUUAUGAUCAAACCUUGAAGCGUGAUCCACACAAUACAUUUGCGUUACGGUGUCGCGGAAAUAUUUUUUAUCUUCUCGGAAAAUACGAAGAAGCAUUAAACGAUCUAGAUAAAUCAUUACAACUUGAUCCGGAUAAUGUAUGGACACUUUGUUAUCGUGGAGAGGUGAAUCACGCGCUUGGAUAUCACGAUAAAGCUUUAAAAGACUUUAACAAAAGUUUAUCGACAAACACCGCGCAAUGGUUUCCAUUAGCGUCACGUGGCGCCUUAUAUCGAUCAAUGGAGCGAUACGAGGACGCAUUAUCUGAUUUCGAACGAGUGUUAAGUUGCCAUCCUGAAGAUGACUUCGAUCAAUCAUACCAAAAUAAAGCAUUGAAGAACCGUGCAGGAAUUUAUGCAGCCCUUGGAAAACUCGAUGAUGCAUUAGCGGAUUUAGAUAGAGCAAUGGAAACAUCGGAAGAUGUAGAUGGAUUGAUUGAACGUGCAACUGUAUAUCGGAAUAAAAAAGAGUUUGAAAAGGCACUGAAAGAUUUGGAGAAAGUUUUGAAAAUAGAACCAAAAAAUCGGACAGCUAAUAGGCUUAAUGAAGAAGUGCGGUAUUUGAUGAAUGAUGCUCAGAAUGAUUAUUAA